CCAGGCAAGGCAUUGGAGGCAGCGGAGGCAGGGGCGGCAGGAACAGGUGAUCAGGAGCAGGACUGGGGACAGGCCCUACUGCCCCUGCGGGACCGGAGCCGGGACCAGCGCCCUGGCAGCCCCCACGAUGCCCAGCCCUCCGCCCCUGCGACGGCUGCUGCCGCUGCUGCCGCUGUGGGGGCUGCUGCUCCGGAGGGCGGAGGCAGGCUCUGAGGGGCGCACGGCCGGGGAGCUGUACGAGCGCUGGGAACGGUACCGCAGGGAGUGCCGGGAGAGCUUAGAGGCCGCGCAGCCACCCUCAGGCCUCGCUUGUAACGGGUCCUUCGAUAUGUACGUCUGCUGGGACUCUGCUGCACCCAACGCCACUGCCCGUGCCUCCUGCCCCUGGUACCUGCCCUGGCACCGCCACGUGGCUACAGGCUUCGUCCUCCGCCAGUGUGGCAGUGAUGGCCAGUGGGGACCUUGGAGAGACCAUACCCAGUGUGAGAACCCAGAGAAGAAUGGGUCCUUUCAGGACCAGAAGCUGAUCUUGGAGCGGCUACAGGUCGUGUAUACCGUUGGCUACUCCCUGUCCCUUGCCACGCUGCUGCUAGCCCUGCUCAUCUUGAGUUUCUUCAGGCGGCUGCGCUGCACUCGAAACUACAUCCACAUCAACCUGUUCACGUCUUUCAUGCUGCGGGCGGCAGCCAUCCUCACCCGAGACCGGCUGCUACCUCCACCUGGCCCCUACCCUGGGGACCAGGCCCCUACUCUGUGGAACCAGGCCCUAGCCGCCUGCCGCACCGCCCAGAUCGUGACCCAGUACUGCGUGGGUGCCAACUACACGUGGCUGCUGGUGGAGGGUGUCUACCUGCACAGCCUCCUGGUGCUCAUGGGGAGCUCCGAGGAGGGCUACUUCCGCUGCUACCUGCUCCUUGGCUGGGGGGCCCCCACGCUUUUCGUCAUUCCCUGGGUGAUCGUCAGGUACCUGCACGAGAACACGCAGUGCUGGGAGCGAAACGAAGUCAAGGCCAUUUGGUGGAUCAUACGCACCCCCAUUCUCAUGACCAUCUUGAUUAAUUUUCUCAUCUUUAUCCGCAUUCUUGGAAUCCUUUUGUCCAAGCUGAGGACACGGCAGAUGCGCUGCCCGGACUACCGGCUGAGGUUGGCUCGCUCAACGCUGACGCUGGUGCCCCUGCUGGGUGUCCACGAGGUGGUGUUUGCUCCGUUGACAGAGGAACAGGCUAGGGGUGCCCUGCGCUUUGCCAAGAUCGGCUUUGAGAUCUUCCUAAGUUCCUUCCAGGGCUUCCUGGUCAGCGUCCUCUACUGCUUCAUCAACAAGGAGGUAGGUGCCCUGGCCCGCCACCCGCGCCCUCUGGCGGCCGCGCAGGGAACAGCGCCACCUCUGAGCGCCAUCCCCUUACAGGUGCAGUCGGAGAUCCGCCGUGCCUGGCACCACUGCCGCCUGCGCCACAGCCUUGGCGAGAAGCAGCGCCAGCUCCCGGAGGAGCGUGCCUCCCGGGCCCUGCCCUCGGGCGCCGGCCCGGGCGAGGUCCCCACUGGCCGCGCCUUGUCCUCAGGGAUCCUCCCAGGGCAUGGGGAUGAGGCCAGCCGGGUAUUGGAAAGUUACUGCUAGGUAGCGGGAUUCCUGUGUCCGUUCAGUUAGCAUGUAUUUAUUGAGUGCCUACUGUGUGCCAGGCCCAGUGUGGGGGACGCUGGGGAAAUGGGGGAGAAGGAAACAGAAAACAAGGUUCCUGCCUCCCUGGAGAUCACAAUGGAGUGGGGGAAACAGAUGAACACAAACAUCAAGUUACACAUAUGCUGUGGAAUGGCUUAGGAAGGGAAAUUGGAAGGUGGUCUAGGUGGUCUGGGAGGCCAUCUCUAGGAGGUGACACUUAAACCAUACCUGAAAGAGGUGAAAGAGAGAACUUUGGUAAGAAUUGGAGGAUAAGAUUCUAGGCAGAAGAAAUAGCAUAUGCAAAGGCCCUGGGGCAGGAAGGAGCUUGGCCUUGGCUGGACUAGAGUAAGUCAAAGUCAAUAGACACAGAGAAAGAAGUAGGCUGAGGCACAAGAGCUGAGAUUUAAUUCCAGAUGCACUGAAGAUUCUUAGCAGGACGGUCUCCAGCAAAUGUUUUAAACAGAUGCAUUUGCCUAUCCUGUGAAGCUGUGGUCCCCAACCCCUGCUCCCAGCCACCCCUCAGCAGGAGGUGAGUGGCCAGCUGAGUGAGGGAAGCUUUGUCUAUAUUUAUAGCCACUCCCCAUCAUUCACCAUCCCCUGCAAAACCAACCCCCAGUCCAUGGAAAAAUUGUCUUCCAUGAAACCUGUCCCCAGUGCCAACACGGUCGGGGACUGCUGCUGUAGGGGAACAGAUUGCCAGGGGCAGGAGUGGAGGACGGGAGCACAGUGAGGAGGGGGCUGCAGGCAGGAAGUGACAGUGGCUAGACCAGGAUGGAGGCCACAAGGGGUGUGAAGCACUGGGAUUCUGGAGAUACUUUAAAGGUAGAGCAGCGAGGAUCUUGCUAUGGAUCCCAUGAGGAACGUGCCGCCAAGAGAGAAGUCAAGGAAGCCUGCUGGGUUUGGAAUGGUGGAGAAAGACGGGGAAAUUGGGUGCAGGGUGGGGGGAACUAAGAGUGCUCUUUGGACAGUUAAGCUGCCAAUGCCUGUAUAAUACCCAAGGACAAGGGUCUGCAGUUCUCGCGAGAGGUUGAGAGCUGGAGCUGGACACGCGGGAGGCACUGGGAUCCAGAGACAGGGACUUCAUGUAUAGAUAGAACAGGCGUCUGAAGGUAGCCUUGGAGCUGAAACCUUCUACACAGAGUAGCCAGGACCACUGCUAACUGCGGAGUGAGGAUGCCGGUCUCCUAAGAUGGGCAGCCCCUGGGAACUGGGAGAAUUACGGGGGGAAGCUGGUAGCCUCACUGUGGCUGGACCACCUGUACACGCAAGACCCCCACUCCUAAAUCCUUCCCCCACAUAAACACACACAGACUCAGUACCUGGCUGUUGUCACGUAUUUUCCCUGGGCAGAUGAGCCCAUAGCUGAACUCAGCCUUUUCAAGCUCGUGACCCUACUCCCUCUCGCCACCUUGUGGGUUCUGCUGGGUUGGGGAUUUUAGGGCAGGACCCUUGUAAAUAAAGCAUGAGAAAAAAAAGCACACUUGCUUUUUUCUUUCUGGAGUGGGAGAAUCUUCUUGGCCAGGCCAUAAUGGGAAAUGACUGGGUGGGGGCUGCAUGCUUGGGUGGGGGCUUGUGGGGGCCUUGCUCAACUUCAGGCAUGUGUUGCCACAAGAAAACAGGGACACCACGCUGCCACUGUCCCCCUGCCUAAGAGAAUUCCCAAUUGGCAAUGUUACAUGUAAAAUUACAAGCCUGUGUGUGUGAGGGUAAGCACACCUGUCAAACUUUUUGAGGGCUGCUUCUCUAGAAGGGUAGUAUAGGAAUAGUACUGGUUCUUAUCUUAGUUUGAACUAAGUUCAAAGUUGAAUUGGCGUCUCAAGGUAGUCUUGUAGCUGAAACCUUCUAUCCGGAGUAGCCAAGACCACUGCUAACUGCAGAGUGAGGACACAAGUCACCUAAGAUGGGUGGCCCCUGGGAACUGGGAGAAUUCAACUUUAGUUCAACUUAGUUCAAACUACACACAAUACACAAGGCUUCCCUUUGCCACCUCAACUUCCCCACAUUUGUCAGAGAAUUCCUCUCAAGAGUAAUUAAGCUGAAUUUGAGGGGCAGCAGAACUUCAGGGUGAAGCCACAGGCUCAGGAGGGGGUGGGUUUGAAUCACAGCAUCACCACUUCCUGGCUGGGUGCCUCUGACCUUACCUCUGUGUGCCUCAGUGUCUUCUUCUGGAAAAUGGAGGUAAUAAAUCAACAGGCCUGCUUCAGAGAUAUCAGGAGGAUGUCUGAAAAGUGUUGAGUCUGGCGCCUGAACAGCUCAGGUGUUAGCCAUGAUCACUCGCAGUAUUUGGGUACUGACUGCUUUCAAUGCUUAUCUACUCCUGUCCAUGAGCGCAGGCCAGGGGCUCUCUUGGGCAUGCCUGCGUCCCUGGCAUUGCAACACAGGGAUGGGAGCAGAGGGGGCACUUGGGGGACGUAUGCUGAUGGAAAAAAUAAUUAAAAUAGAAGAAAGCUGAAACUUCCUGCAGCAUCACAAAUGAGAGAUCAUUUCAGCCCGACCUAUUCAGUUUGCAGAUGGGGAAAGGGAGGCCUGGGUGGGGCAGAGCUGGGCCC